AUGAAUUAUAUUAUAAACUUAGUUGCUAGUUUGGCAUUUAUUUGGAUUACCUAUUUGGUUUAUUCGAUAAAGUAGUUUAAGCAUGAAUAGAUAUCAGAUUAGAUCUUAAUCUUUGCCAGAAGACUGCUUUUUUAUUCAUCCAUUCUGAUAAUUUUCCCCUUGCUGAUUCCUAAUGGAUUAGAAUUACAGCAUAAUUUAUUUUUAGAUGACCACUAAUAUUUGCGAGUAGUUCAUUUAAUAGAUUAACUUUCGACUGCCCAACGAGAAACACUUUCUGCUUAUGUAAAUCAGGAAUUUUCGGUGAAAUACAAACUGAUGUUGUUAGUUCCUAUAGUUUUAUUGUUCAAAGAAAUUUAUCUGAUUGCACAGAUCAAUUGCAAAGAGUCUUAGGGAAAGGAAAUCAAUAAUAAUUUGGCUGUUUCCAAUGAAUACCCUACCAAUCCUAUUAUUUUUCAAGCAAAAAAUGUCUCAGAAUACAUACCUGAUAGAAGCGAGGAGAUUCUGAGAAUUGAAAGUUAUAUUCGCAACAAUAACAUAGAAAAAAGGAAGUCUAUUGAUGAAAUUAAGAACAGCUAUUUAAAUAAUUAAUCAGAUCUUCUAAAUAAAUUAUAAUUUACAAUCGAUAGUAAAAAGCCUGAAAAAAUAUUGUAUUCAUAGUAUAGCAAUAAAUAAUUAGCAAAUGCAAGACACUUGGGAGUAAUUGAAGAAUCAGAAUAAAAACCAGCUAAUUUGAAAACAAUUCAUUCUCAAGUCUUAAAUGAAAAUUCAUUCUCUCUUGACAAUCAAAGCAAACCAGACACUCAUAUUUAAACGAGAAUUAAAUUAAUAAUUGGCGAAUUGAUCGUCCUACAGAUCAUACUUGGAUAUACUGCAGGCGUUUAAGAAAAGACAAUCCUUUCAGUUUUGUUCAUUAUGCUAUCCCAAUGCCUAAUUAUAGAUCUGUUUGAUGACUUAAUGCAAUUCAGUAAUUAUCAUUCAAUAUUUCAGUUGCAAAAACCACAAUGGGAACAUGCUUACUUGUAUUUUACCUAACUUUUAUAGCUUCAAUGUUUUUGGGAAUGUACUUUAAUCAGUACCUUAUUCAGAUAUGUUAUUGUAUAAUUAUAGCAUAUUGUCUAAAGCCCUUUGUGA